AUGGACGAGGAAAUCAUGCCGCCGGAUAGGUAUGAGUACGAAAUGACGGAGAUAGACAUUGCGCCCGCCAUCCAAAACUUGGAAGAGCUAUCCGCUAAAGGAGAGGUGGAUGAGUUCAAGCUGCAGCGUCUCCGCACCAAGUACUCAGAGGCGUUCAAUAAGCUUGAAAAAUACCGGGACGAAGAGCAGGCGCUGCUGAACAAGGCGCGAGAGUACACGGAAGAAAUCGACGAGCAACGAGCGUGCCUCGCCGCCGACAAUUAUGUAGAAGACCCCGAUGCCGAAGUAAGCAAGGUGCGCGCAAAGCUCCUCGAGCAGCGAAAUGUGCUACGCGCAGCAGAGGAUCGCUCAACAUCGCUUGACCAGUACCUGAUGGAGUACUACAAAGAAAAGGCUGAUCUAGAGCGGCAACUUGCGCGUAUUCAGCCAAAUGCGGAGGAAGCGGAGGUGAAGAAACGAGACAUGGAGCGGGAAGAGGAAGAGCUCCGCAAAGAGAAUCGACAGCGGAGGACGGAAAUCUCCCAGUUGAAGAUCGCUGUCGACCAAAAAGUCAAAGAAGCAGAGCGGGAAGCGCGAGAGCUCAAGGAGUGCAUGGACGAGCAAGAAACGCUCCGCAACAAACUCGUCUGUCCAGAAAUCCACAAUGUCCCCCAGCAACUUCAGAAGGAGUCCGACAAGCUUAUGAAAAUCUUGGAGAAAGAGCGGCUCGCACGGGAUAAAGUCGUAAUGCAUCUUCGCGGGCUCGAAGAGAAGAACCGCAUGGAAGGCGAAAUUAACAGACAGAGGAUAGGCGAUUACGAAGCGGUAAAGAUGGAGCAUGAGGACAUCCGAAUCGCUAUCGAGCGCGCCACUCAGCGAGAACAGAAGUUAAACCAUGAUCUGGCAAUCGAAGCCGAUCGGCAACACGAGCAAAACAUCGAAAAAACGGAGAUUCAGCUCAAGUUCAAGCACCGAAAUAGCGAAAAACAGCAUGCCUCCGAAAUUUACGCCCGUCAGAACAAAGAGAUGGACAAGACGAUCAAAGCUCUUAAGCGUAAGGAGAUCAUGCAGGGACACGCUUCCUCUGCCCUCCGUCAACAACAAGUUCUAAAUCAAAAAGCACAAGACGCAUUUGACGAGCUGCCGGACCCGGCUGAGCUGAUGAAACAGCGAAAAUAUCUCACAAAAGAAGUUGAGGAAGGAAAACGCAAACUUCAGCACCAACAAAAGAUGACUGCGAUGGAGAAAGUGCGCUACGAAGAAAUGCUCAUUGAAGAAGAACGUCUUCUCCGGCGACAAGAAGAGGAGCGUGCCAGUCUUGUGGAACUCACCAGAAUCCGCCAGAUCAAAGAAGACGAGCGGGAGCACAAAUCACGAGACCUCGUUCGAGCUACAACCAGAAUCAAAACAAUCACGCAGGAAAAGAAGCAGCGCGAUCUGGUGCUCAAGGACCACCGCAAACGAUGCGAAGAACUUGCGACGCAGCAGGACGAAUUCGCGAAGCUAUACGACGUGAUCAAAAACGAAAAGAACAAGUACGUACAUCUGAUCCAAGGAUCGACGCAAAAGGCAUCUGAACUUCGCGACAAGCUAAGAAUACUCUCCAACGAGGUUGAAAUACUUCAAGCAUCCGCCAAAGAAAAAAUGAAAAACUUGCACAAAGCAGAGCUACAAAAGGCUCACGCAAAGGCCGAGCUCGAAAACUUGCAAAACGAAAAGUCAAAAGCAAUUGACGUUCAAAAUGGAAUCGAUGACACUCUUGCUAGCCGAAAGCUUGAUAUUGACCGACUCAAUAAUAUGGGAGUGAAGUCAGAAGAGGACUCGCGAAAUCUUCUUAUUCAAAUCGAAAAGGCCAUUUUGCACAGAAACGAACGGGGAGUCACCCUUGUGGAGCGCGAAGAAGAAGUCUGCAUCUUCUACGAGCGUUUGAACGUGCAAGAGCAGUUGAUUCAAAACGGCGAGUUGAAGAUCCAUGAGUUCGACGAAAACAUCCGAUUCCUCAAGCUGCAAAUGAAGCAAGAUCUGCGACAGAUCGCUCUAUGGAGUGAGAAGAUCCCUAAACUGCAGCAGAACGAGCAGGAGCUAGUCGAACUCAAGGUUAAACUCGCGAGAAUAAGAAAGAAAACCGAAAGCUUGGAGGAGAAACUUUGUGAUCCAGAAAACUUUUUCGACGAGCGGGCACGAGAAUUACCUGGUGAAGAUUUGGCCCCAGAUGAACUGAAAAAUAAGCUCGAGCAGAUUCAAAACCGUCUGGCUAAUAUUGAAGAAGUCGCUUUGGAAAAAGAACUCUUACUGCAACAUGUUACACGGCUGCUAGAAAAACAACAAGAACGAAACAGCUACUCAAAGGGACCUGCUCUGGAUCUUUCUCUCCAAAUCAACAACGCGCAAAGUCAAUUGGCGAACAGAACGCGUUCAGUGAUGGCGCGAGUAGCUGAGCUGAGCAUGGUCAAGUUAAAGCUCUCUGAAACCGAACGCAAACGCGUUCAACUCGAGGAGCUCUUGGUUGAGUCGGUGCAGCGAAUGGAUCAAGGUCUACCGCCAAAUCGACAGUGCGAGCAAGAGUGGAAGCGAAUUACAUUUGUUCCCACUGAGCCUGAUGACUGCGAUGAGUUCCUAUCUACAGCUGUGCCCCGCCCCAACGCGUACAUUCCCAAGGAUGGCACGAUCCCCAUCCCUCGCCCUUACGGUGCGAUGGCUCCCUUCAAGCCGACGCAACCGGGAUCUACGAUGCGCCACUUCCGCAAACCGCAACCCAAACCUAUCGAUAUUUAA